UUCCUGAUCGGCGCUAUUCGGUAAAUAAAACGCACUCGGGUUCUGGUGGCUUUAUUCGCAAAAGUCUUUCUUCCGCAAAGUCAUAGAUACUCUGUCCUCAUAAAGUCGGAAUUCCACUUUCAUCGAUCAACGGCCCAGAAGGCAUAAUUAGUAACCCACGCCAUGGUGUGACUAAACUGGUGUGUCGAAAUUAAAGUUGUUAAAAAUAAAAAAUGUGGACAAUACAGCUGUUAUUGACUCGCCAGUAGCCGAUCCCUCUUGUGGAUGUUGGAUUUUAUAACCUCGCUCAUACUUUAACCAGAGGUACGCGUUCGGAGGAAAACUCUCAGUUCGUUCAUCAUGUCUAUGUACUUUGAAAGCUCCAGCAACGUCACAUUACUGUUUGACUUCUGGAAUGUACAUGGACCUGGAGGGAUGGUUCUUUCAGUCUUUGUGGUUCUGCUGCUCACUGUGAUCUAUGAGCUCCUCAAAGUGUGGAAGACCACCCUGGAAAAGCAGUCCAAGCCUCCUCCGCUCACUCCGGUCCCAGGGACCUUCUCUCUGACACCGCCUUGCUUGUCCCCAGUUUUCGAACAUCCAGUAAGCAGUUCCUCGCUAACUAAUAGCCCCUCCGAGGUCUGCCUGGCUCCCACAGACCUUACAGCUCCCACCGUUGUGGCCACUCUCUCUGCAAACAGCUGGCUUCUUCACAGCUUCCAGACUGGCGUACAUGUGGUGCACGUGGUGCUGGGUUACAUGCUGAUGCUCUGCGUCAUGUCGUACAACGUCUGGAUCUUCCUUGGGGUGAUGGUGGGCUCAGCUUUAGGCUACUUUCUCAGCUUUCCUCUCCUGGGUCUCAGGAAGUGAUGGACCUGGAGCAAAGGAAAGCCCGACGUGAUAUAUACAACGGGUGAAAUAAGUAUUGAACAUAUCACCAAUUUUCUAAGUAAAUAU